CUGGCACUCAUCACUUCCUGACAGUUUCCUGGAUUUUGUGUGCUGAACAAAAAGGUUCUGAGGAAUCGGCACUCCCCUAUUGUCUUUCAGGGCAUGGGAGUUUGUGUAAAGAUGCAGCUGUGAUCCUCGGCUGUGUGUUUCAUUGAAGGGACCUGAUGUUUUACAUUAUUGGUGGGAUCACAGUGUCUGUGGUAGCUUUCUUUUUCACCAUUAAGUUCCUCUUUGAGCUUGCCGCACGUGUAGUCAGCUUCCUCCAGCAUGAGGAUCGGGAACGCCGAGGGGAGCGGACCAUUUAUGACUACGUGCGAGGCAACUACUUGGACCCCCGCUCUUGCAAAGUUUGCUGGGAUUGGAAGGACCCCUAUGAGGUGGGCCACAGCAUGGCCUUCCGAGUGCAUUUGUUCUACAAGAAUGGCCAGCCCUUCCCUGCUCAUCGCCCCGUGGGGUUACGAAUUCAUAUCUGCCAUGUGGAGCUAGCAGUGGAUAUUCCAGUAACCCAGGAAGUGCUUCAGGAACCCAAUUCGAAUGUGGUGAAGGUGGCAUUCACUGUGCGCAAGGCUGGGCGCUAUGAGAUCAGUGUAAAAAUUGGGGGAUUGAAUGUGGCAUAUAGCCCUUAUUACAAAGUCUUUCAGCCAGGGAUGGUGGUUCCCUCCAAAACCAAAAUUAUUUGCCAUUUCUCCACUCUGGUGCUGACUUGUGGGCAGCCACACACCUUGCAGAUAGUGCCCAGAGAUGAAUAUGAUAACCCCACCAGUAACUCAAUAUUACUGAUAGAUGAGCACAAUUACAGCCUCUCCAUCCAUGAGCUUGGUCCCGAAGAAGAGGAGUCUUCUGAGAUUUUGUUUGAAAAGUCUGUGGUAUCGAAUCAAAAGACUUGUCAGGUUUUCCUGAGACUCACCCUGCUCCGCAGGGGGUGUUUCCGUGCCUGCAUCUCCUACCAAAACCACCCUAUUAGCAAUGGAGAGUUUGAUAUCAUUGUUUUAACUGAGAAUGAGAAGAAUAUUGUAGAGCGAAAUGUUUCUACCUCAGGGGUCAGUAUCUAUUUUGAGGCCUAUCUUUACAAUGCUAGUAGCUAUGCCAACACACAGUGGCACCUUCCACCCCUCCAUUUGGGUGCCUCUCAGCGCCGCCCUUCCACUGCUACUGAAGAUGAGGACGAGGACUCUCCGUCUGACAGCCAGACCCCUGAGAGAGUGAAGAAACCAAAAAAAGUGUAUUGCUAUGUUUCACCCAAGCAAUUCUCUGUAAAGGAGUUCUACUUGAAGAUCAUUCCGUGGCGCCUCUUUACCUUCAGAGUGUGCCCUGGAACUAAGUUUUCUUACCAUGGGCCUGAUCCUGUGCACAAGCUGCUGACACUGGUGGUGGAUGAUGGGAUACAGCCCCCCGUGGAGCUCAGUUGCAAGGAGAGGAACAUCCUGGCAGCCACUUUCAUUCGCUCUCUGCAUAAAAAUAUAGGAGGUUCAGAGACUUUUCAAGACAAAGUAAACUUUUUCCAGAGGGAGUUGCGUCAGAUGCACAUGAAGAGACCCCACUCCAAGGUUACUCUAAAAGUCAGCCGCCACAAUCUUCUGGAAUCGUCUCUGAAAGCCACACGGAAUUUUUCCAUUUCGGACUGGAGCAAGAACUUUGAAGUUAUUUUCCAGGAUGAAGAAGCCUUGGACUGGGGAGGCCCUCGCAGAGAGUGGUUCGAAUUGAUCUGCAAAGCUUUAUUUGACACCGUCAAUCAACUUUUCACCCGCUUCAGUGACAACAACCAAGCACUGGUGCACCCCAACCCCAAUCGGCCUCCUCACUUGCGGCUGAAAGUGUAUGAAUUUGCGGGACGUCUAGUUGGAAAGUGUCUGUAUGAGUCAUCUUUGGGAGGGGCUUACAAGCAACUGGUGAGAGCUCGUUUCACCCGAUCUUUCUUGGCUCAGAUUAUAGGACUGCGGAUGCAUUAUAAGUAUUUUGAGACGGAUGACCCAGAGUUUUAUAAAUCAAAAGUUUGCUUCAUCUUGAACAAUGAUGUGAGUGAGAUGGAGCUAGUCUUUGCUGAGGAAAAAUACAGCAAACUGGGCCAGCUUGAGAAGGAGAUUGAGCUGGUAACUGGCGGUUCUCAAGUACCAGUUACCAAUGAAAACAAAAUUCUCUACUUGAAUCUACUUGCGCAGUACAGAUUGGCUAAUCAGGUUAGAGAGGAAGUGGAUCACUUCUUGAAAGGUCUCAAUGAGUUGGUUCCUGAAAACCUUUUAGCUAUUUUUGAUGAAAAUGAACUUGAGUUGCUGAUGUGCGGUACUGGAGACAUCAGUGUCUGUGAUUUCAAAGCACAUGCUGUUGUAGUGGGUGGUUCCUGGCACUUCCGAGAAAAGGUUAUGCGGUGGUUUUGGACCGUGGUGUCCAGUUUCACGCAGGAGGAACUGGCCAGGCUGUUGCAGUUCACCACUGGCUCUUCUCAGCUGCCUCCUGGAGGAUUUGCUGCACUCUGCCCCUCUUUCCAGAUCAUCGCAGCUCCGACGCACAGUACACUGCCAACUGCCCAUACUUGUUUUAACCAGCUGUGCCUCCCUACUUACGAUUCCUAUGAAGAGGUACACAAGAUGUUGCAGCUGGCCAUCAGCGAGGGCUGUGAGGGCUUCGGCAUGCUCUGAUUCCCCCAGGGAGAAGCCCAUCCAGCUUCCUUUGUUUUUCAGGGCAAAGCCCAGGCCCACUUCAGUGCUCAUUCUGAUGCCCCUCUUAGGGG